UCUCCUCCGUCUCUCUCAUUCGAUUUCUUCAAAUCCGUACCAAUUCUGUGAACUUUCACUUCUUACAUUGGUUUUUUUGCUUCUCUUCUUUUGGAAGAGUAGCUCACACCUUAAGUAGUUCACACUUCCCUUUGGUUGCAAAGAGCAAGAGAAGUUCAAUACAAUUCCAAAUCGAUGAUUGCAUUUUAGGUUGAAAAGAGCUAGCUAGCGAGAUUGCUGAAUUCGAUAAUUGCACCUUUGGUUGAAAAGAGCUAGCUAGCGAGAUUGCUGAUUUCGAUAAUUGCAUGAUUGCAUUUCACCUCUGUCUGAGGACGAAUAUCUGUUAUUAGUCAUUAAACAUUGCCAAUCGGAUUUUCAUGUCUAGAGGAUCGGUUGGAAGAGUGGAGCCCAAAUUUCAAUUAUUUACUUUACAGAGAGCAUUGGAGUUAGAAUAGCUGGAAAUUUCAUGGGGAAGUUCUGCUCCAACUGAUUUCUUUAUUUUUGGACUAUUGUUCCUGGCAGACAUCUGUUCGGCGGCUCUCUAGAUUGAUUAAAUUCUACGGCAUUGUUGUUUAUGGUGUGGUGACUGCUCCCCUCCUCCAUUAAAAGCUGAGUAGAUAAUAUGGGGUCCUUGUCCUUGCUAAACUUUAUGUUCACUUUUUCAGAAAGAAAAUAAAUUAGCCUUUUGAUAUAUAUUGAUCAUCUGCUUGUGUCGGACACUCAUUCUCGGCAAUGAAGCAGAAGCGUCAGGUUCCUCUUCAGUCGAUCAAAUCAUUACCCUUGGAAUUUAGGAUUCUAGGAUUACCACAGCUUCCUCAAACUUCAAAUGUCGGUUUAGCUAGUGAGGUUAAGGAGGAGAAUGUAUCAAAUGAUAACAGCACGGAUCCUGAAAAUGAUGAAUCACCCUACGGUCACUUUUCCACAAUUAAUGACCAGAGACCUUCUUCUGUGAAUGAUGAGGCCACUACUUCCCCUCCAUCGGUGGUUCCAUCCCCAAGUCAAUCAAAGUGGAGUGACACAAAUGUAUAUACGCCAAAAAAUAAGAUUCAAUCUUGGUUUCAACUUCCUAAUGGAAACUGGGAGCUAGGGAAAAUCCAGUCAACGUCAGGGACUGAAUCUGUAAUAUUAUUUUCUGGAGGAAAGGUCCUAAAGGUGCAUCCUGAUAGCUUAUUACCAGCAAAUCCUGACAUCCUUGAUGGUGUAGAUGACCUUAUGCAAUUAAGUUAUUUGCAUGAACCUUCUGUUUUGUACAAUCUUCAAUACAGAUAUGAUAGAAAUGCUAUCUAUACAAAAGCAGGGCCCGUUUUGGUUGCCAUUAAUCCGUUCAAAAAAAUCCCUUUAUAUGGAAAUGAUUACAUUGAAGCAUACAAACGAAAAUCGAUGGAUAGUCCACAUGUGUAUGCAAUAGCUGAUACAGCCAUUAGAGAAAUGAAGCGAGAUGAAGGGAACCAAUCUAUUAUCAUCAGUGGUGAAAGCGGUGCUGGAAAGACGGAGACAGCAAAAAUAGCAAUGCAAUAUUUGGCAGCUCUUGGAGGUGGUAGUGGAAUAGAGAAUGAAAUACUAAAAACUAAUCCAAUCUUGGAAGCUUUUGGGAAUGCUAAAACAUUGAGGAAUGACAAUUCAAGUCGCUUUGGAAAGUUGAUUGAAAUUCACUUCAGCGAAACAGGGAAAAUAUCAGGCGCCAAUAUACAAACUUUCUUGCUAGAGAAGUCUAGAGUUGUCCAAUGUACAGAGGGGGAAAGGUCAUAUCACAUAUUUUAUCAGAUUUGUUCAGGAGCUUCACCUGCUCUUAAAGAAAAAUUGAACUUGAGGAGUAUCCAUGAAUACAAGUAUUUGAGGCAAAGUGAUUGUUAUUUGAUAUCUGGAGUUGAUGAUGCGGAGCAGUUUCAGAUUGUACUGGAAGCUCUGGAUGUUGUUCAUGUUAGCAAGGAGGAUCAAGAUAAGGUGUUUGCAAUGCUUGCUGCAGUACUAUGGUUGGGAAACAUUUCAUUUUCUGUGAUUGACAAUGAAAAUCAUGUUGAACCCAUAGAAGAUGAAGGUCUUAUCACUGUUGCUGAACUGAUAGGAUGCACUAUUCCAGAACUAAAGCUUGCUUUGUCAACUCGAAAAAUGCGUGUCAGGAAUGAUAAUAUUGUUCAGAAACUAACACUAUCACAGGCCAUUGAGACAAGAGAUGCCUUGGCAAAAUCAAUAUAUUCUUGUUUGUUUGACUGGCUAGUUGAACAAAUCAACAAGUCUCUUGCUGUAGGAAAAUGCCGCACUGGAAGGUCCAUCAGCAUUCUGGACAUAUACGGCUUUGAAUCAUUUACUAGGAACAGUUUCGAACAAUUUUGCAUAAACUAUGCAAAUGAGAGACUUCAACAACAUUUCAACCGCCACCUGUUUAAGUUAGAGCAAGAGGAAUACAUCCAAGAUGGCAUUGAUUGGACACAAGUGGAGUUCGAAGACAACCAGGAUUGCCUGAACCUUUUUGAAAAGAAGCCACUGGGAUUAUUUUCUCUGUUAGAUGAGGAAUCCACCUUUCCAAAUGGUUCAGACUUGACUUUUGCAAACAAGCUUAAGGAGCACUUGGAAUCUAAUUCGUUCUUUAGAGGAGAGCGCGGUAAAGCUUUCACAGUUUGUCAUUAUGCUGGUGAGGUUAAAUAUGAGACUACUGGAUUCCUGGAGAAGAAUCGCGAUUUAUUGCAUAUGGAUUCCAUUAAACUUUUAUCUUCUUGCACAUGUCACCUUCCAAAAACCUUUGCAUCUUAUCUUCUUUCUCAGUCUGAGAAACCUGUUGUUGGUGCAUUACAUAAAUCAGGUGGAGCAGAAUCCCAAAAGCUAAGUGUUGCAACAAAAUUUAAGGGACAACUAUUCAAGUUGAUGCAGCGUUUGGAAAAUACCACUCCUCAUUUUAUACGUUGUAUUAAACCGAACAAUUGCCAAUCCCCUGGAAAAUAUGAGCAAGGGCUUGUACUGCAGCAACUAAGAUGUUGUGGAGUCCUUGAAGUAGUGCGCAUAUCUAGAUCUGGCUUUCCAACUAGGAUGUCUCAUCAGAAAUUUGCCCGAAGAUAUGGCUUUCUUUUGUUGGAGAGUGUCGCAUCACAAGAUCCCCUCAGUGUAUCUGUUGCAAUUCUUCAUCAGUUCAACAUCCUUUCUGAAAUGUAUCAAGUUGGCUACACAAAGUUAUUUUUCCGCACAGGCCAGAUUGGAGUGCUAGAGGAUACAAGAAACCGUACCCUCCAUGGGAUUUUACGCGUUCAAAGUUGUUUUAGAAGCCACCAAGCUCGUCUCUAUCUUAAGAAACUGAGGAACGGAAUCACAACAUUACAAGCAUUUGUCCGUGGGGAGAAAACAAGAACCGAAUUUACGGUCUUAUUACAGAGACAUAGAGCUGCUGUUACUAUUCAGAAGCAUGUAAAGGCCAAGUUUGAAAAGAAAAGGUUUUCGGAUGUUUGUAAUGCUUCAAUUUUUAUACAAUCAGUUGUUAGGGGCUUGCUGGUCAGAAGAUGCUCCAGUGACAUAGCUUUACUACAAUUUGGGAAGGUUGGUAACGAAUGCGACCAGGUGAUGGUGAAGUCAUCCUUCUUAGCCGAGCUGCAACGAAGGGUUCUUAAAGCGGAGGCUGCUUUAAGAGAGAAGCAAGAGGAGAACGACAUGCUACACCAAAGUCUCCAACAGUAUGAAAACCGAUGGUCAGAAUACGAGCUGAAAAUCAAAUCCAUGGAAGAAGUCUGGCAGAAGCAAAUGAGAUCGCUUCAAUCAAGUCUUUCGAUAUCCAAGAAAAGCCUGGCCAUUGUCGAGUCUGCUAGAAACUCCGAUGCAUCAUCAGUUAACCAAACCGGUGAUGUUAACCAAACUGGGGACAGCAGCUGGGAGAUUGGAACCAAUGGAAUGAAAACAACAUCAAAGGCAGGAUUGAGCGUGAUAAGUAGACUGACUGAAGAAUUCGAACAAAGGAAACAGGUGUUCACUAACGAUGCCAAGUUCUUGGUGGAGGUUAAGUCGUCAGGUCAAGGUCAGGGUCAGGCUGAGUCGAAUUUGGAUCCUGAUAUUGAACUUAGACGACUUAAGCAAAUGUUUGAUGGGUGGAAGAAAGAUUAUGGGAUAAGACUAAAGGAAACAAAGGUAAUUCUACACAAGCUUGGAAGUGAUGAAAUGGCUUCUUCUGACAGAGGUAAAAAAAACUUGGUGGGGGAAGACUGAACAGUUCCAGGUUUUCUUAAUAUCUAUCAAUCUAUCUAUAUUAUGUAUUUUCUCCUGCCUGC